AUGAGUCAAAUGGUGAAAGAUAAAGAAAAGAUUACUCUUAUUGCUAAAUUAGAUGAUAAUAUCAGGAAAAUCAAACAGGAACAAAAUGCUGUUAAUAUUUUGGCACAAAGCAAUACAUCUAUACUGAAGUCUCCAAUCGAUUCAAUACUUUUGCCUUUAGCGCUUUUAGCAGACCAAAUUAAUAUAUCACCCGUUGCAGACCAGUAUGAUACUACCGAAUCUGUGAAAUGCUUUAACAACAGAUCAUUGGAGGAUGAUAGAAAGACAGAUACUUUCUUGAAUGAGAUGCAUAAGAAAAAGAACUCAUCAUCAACUACUUCUGAAUCGCUUUAUAGUAAAGAGAAACAGGUUAAUUUAUCAGAGAUCAAGGUGGCAAAAAUCCUCUAUAAUCAGAAAGUAGAACAAGAUUUAAUAUAUGAAUUACUUGAAUUUAUUAGAUGUCAUAAUUCUACAUCCUUACUGAAUUCUAUAUCUAUUAAACAUGUUUCAUUUGACACGAUCCCUCUAGGUAACUCCAGUGAGAAAUACGAAAAAAAGGUUGUAAUCCUUAGAUCUGAAAAUAAUAUUAGCAAUCAAAUAGCAAGAAUGCAGAUUUAUGAUGAAAUAAAGCUAGAAUGUAGUAGUAAAAAUUUUGAUUAUUAUGGGAUUACUGAUGAGACAUCAUACAGGAACUAUAUCUGCCCAUUAUGCAAAUUAGGUCAUGAUGAUGAAGAAAUAGAAGAUAAGAUUCGUUCCAAAUUAUACAAAAGAUAUAAAAAAGAAACUGGAAAUGAGCCAUGGCAAUUGUCAGAAGCUGUGAUAAGUAUAUCAGAAAAACUUCAAGCCUCUGAUUUCAAGCCUAUCACUUUCGAAGCCAGACCUGAUCCAGAAUUAAUUAUCAAAUCCAUCUUAAAGCACUUCCCAUACUUGAAAUUCCAAAAUAGUUUUAGAGGGAUUGAUAAUUAUAAUUUUGCAUCACCUCAGCCGUGGAGCUCACCAUACCCUAUUUGUGAUGGAAAACAUGGGAAUUAUGGAUUACAUGGUGAAUGGUAUAAAAAUGGAAUGGAAUAUUGUCUUACUUGCUUCACUUCAAGCAAUAAAUUCAAAUUCGCAAUUGUAUUAUUGUAG